AUGGGUCAGAAAGGAACAGGUAUGGGUAAGAAAGGAACAGGUAUGGGUCAGAUAGGAACAGGUAUGGGUCAGAAAGGAACAGGUAUGGGUAAGAAAGGAACAGGUAUGGGUCAGAAAGGAACAGGUAUGGGUAAGAUAGGAACAGGUAUGGGUAAGAUAGGAACAGGUAUGGGUAAGAUAGGAACAGGUAUGGGUAAGAUAGGAACAGGUAUGGGUAAGAAAGGAACAGGUAUGGGUCAGAAAGGAACAGGUAUGGGUAAGAUAGGAACAGGUAUGGGUAAGAUAGGAACAGGUAUGGGUCAGAAAGGAACAGGUAUGGGUAAGAUAGGAACAGGUAUGGGUAAGAAAAGAACGUGCACGUGUUUGGAGUGA